AUGAAAUUUCGUAAUUAUAUAUUUGGGCGAAUUACUGAUUCGUAUCAUAAUGUUGAAAAGAUUAAGAAUAUCUUUGAAUUCAGAAAAAGUACUAAAUUAGUGAAAGAUUUGAGUUUGAUAAAAAAAGCUACAAAUAGCUAUAAAAUAAAUAUUGAAGAAAAUAGCGAUAUAAUUAAAAAUGAUGUUCAUACAUUUUUAAGAAAUAAUUAUAUAUAUUUUGAAAAUAAUGUAGAAGAAGAAUUAAUAUUUAUAAAUAACUAUUUAUAUUUUGAAAUAAUUACAGACAAAUAUAUUAUGAUAUGUAGAAAAAAAAUAAAAAGAAAAUUUAAGACUAAUUUAAAUUAUUUUUAUCAAAAUAAUAAAUCAAUUAAUGAUUUAAAAAAAGAAAAAGUUAUUUCAAAUUUAAACUCCGAAAUAGUUGGUAUAUUCCCAUCAAUUUUUAAUAUAAAAUUUUUGAAAAUAUAUAAAAAUUAUUUAUUUACAUUUAUAGUCGAACAAAAUAAUUAUCCUUUAAAUUUAUGUUACUCAUAUAAAGGUACAAUUUAUGUUAAUGAUAAAAAUUUAUAUAAUAUUGAUUCAGAUUAUGUAUUAAAAGAUAUAUGUAAUGAAUGUGUAGUAAAAAAUAAUCUUAAAAAAAAAAUAAAUAUAUAUUGUAAUCAAAAUAAUUUAAGAAAAUAUAGGAUAUUAACAAUAAAUAACAAAAAUAAUAAUAAGAUUAUAGGAGAAAACUGUUUUGGUAAUAAUGCAAUAGACACAUGUAGACAAUAUGAAAAUGAUAUAAAUAAAAAUUGUAUAUAUGAUGGAAACUAUAAGAAGUAUGAACAGAGUGAAGAAGGGUUAUAUAGAUUUAGAUUUCCAAUGAUACAAUAUUGCAAUUAUUUAAAAUAUGGAAUACAAAAUAUAGAAUAUAUUAAACUAAAAAAUAAAAUAUAUUUUUUAAGUAGUGAAAUAAAUGAACAAUAUCGAUGUAGUAAAUUAUUUUUAAAUUGUUCAUUUUUUGAUAAAAUUUUGAUAUAUGAAGAAAAAAAUCAAGAAUAUUUUUUAAAUCUAUAUAAGAGUAAAGAUCAGAAAAUUAUAUUUUUGUUAAGUGGUAGUCAUUUACAUAAUAAAUUAUUCCUAAUCAAUGUUGAUGGUAAGAAGAAAAAAAACAUGAAUUGUUUUAUUGAUCUUGUUAAAAUUAACAGUCAAAUUUUACAAGGAAAAUGUUUUUUAGAGCAUUUUUUUAAUCAUAUUAUUUUUAUAUUAAAAGGGAAAAAUAAUACUACACACAUUUUUUUUAUGGAAUGCAAAAAUCUAAACUAUCUUAUACAAAAGAAAAAAAAUAAAACACAAAAGUUUGAAAAGAUAAAAAAAUUGAAAAAAAUUGGGAAUCUUUCAAAAGAUGGUUUAUAUAUUCAUGAGGAAGAAUCAAAAAAGUGUAGAAUACCAUUAUAUAGUGUUUUUUUAGAUAAAAUAGAAAUAAAUGUAGAUAAAUAUAUAAAAAAAUUGGUAACUCUUGAUGAUUGUAUAAUACAAGAUUUUGAUAUGACAAAAUAUGGAUUAGUUUUAUGUUUAUAUCGUAAUUUUUUAAAACCAUUUGUGUUCAUAAUUUAUUUGUUUAGGAAAAAUGCCAAGUUGUGUUAUGCUACUAGCUGUUCUAAAGAUAUGGCAAUACAAAAAGGUGGGAAUAAAAAUAGAAAAGAAAUAAUUGUUCAUAAAAUAAAGAUGAUACAUUUACCCAUUGAAAAAGGGAGUAUACAAGCUGGUAUGAACAAUAAUUUUUAUAACAAUUUUUUAAAUAUACAUAUAUCCAACACAUUUAUUAAUAAUAUUAGAUUAGUCAUAAAUUUAAGACAAUGUAUUAUAGCUCUUCCAAAAAAUAUACAUAAAAAUAGAGAACAAUAUAAUUCAUAUUUUAAAGCGAAAAAUAAUAGCUUUAUGUAUGAUAUAGAGUUGGACACAAUUUUUCAAAAAAAUAAAAAUUUUGAUAUAAAAGAUAUUUUUAUUAACAAUUCAGAUGGGGAACAAAUUCCUAUAACACUUAUAUAUAAAAUAAAAGACAAUGAUAAUAUUUUUUUUUGUGAAAAUGAAAAGAAAGAAAAAUAUGCAACUUUUUUUGAAAAGAUAAAUGGAAAUGGUAGCAAAUUAUGCUUAUUUUCUCAUUUUAGCAAAUUAUGCUUAUUUUCAAAUCUUGGCAAAAACGAUUUACCAUUAUUUAUAAACCCAAGUAAAACUAUAAUAAAUGCAUAUCCAUUUUAUGGAGAAUUAAAUAUUUGCAAUUACACAGAUGAAUAUUAUUUUUAUUUGUUAAACAAUUUUGUAAUAGCUUAUUUUCACCUGACUGGGUCAGGCGGGUUUAAUAAAAAAGUUGAAAAAUUUAAAGGAAAAGGAUAUUUAAAAAUAAAAGCACUAGAAGAUUUAACAAAUUGUAUAAAUUUUUUAAAAUAUAAAAAUAUAAGUAAUACAAAUAAUAUGUACAUGUAUUUUUAUUCAAAUAGUGGUUUAUUAGGAGGUUACAUAUUAAAUAAUAUAAAAAAAAUAGUUAAAAAUAUAAUUUUUGUUAACCCUAUGUUAGAUUUAUUUAACAAUUUAACAGACAUGAAUAAUAAUUUUGUGAAAUCUGAACUUUUAGAAUUUGGAAAAUUUAAAAUAAACGAAUUUCUUUUAAAAAAAAAUAAAAAUGUAGAUCUAGACAGAUUAACAAUUUUGCACACAAAUAAAAUUGAUCCUUAUUUUGGUCAAAAAAUAAAGAAUGACAAAAAAGUGAAAAUAAUAAAAAGAGGAAAAUUAUACACACUAAACCGAUGUACAUAUUUUUAUUAUAAUAAUAAAAUAAAUAAAAAAAUAAAUAAUAAAAUAAAUAAAAAAAAAAAAAAAGCAUAUAACAUUGAUAAGAAUAAGAGAAGAUAUACAAAAUGUUAUUGGAAAAAUAAUUUGUUUAAAAAUAACUUAAUUAUGUUAUAUUAUAUAUGCCCAUAUAAUAAUAUAACAGCCCAAUAUAGUGAAAUAUAUACAAACAGAGAGAACAUAAAAGUAAAAUUCAAAAAAUGUGUGGAUAUAAAAAAUGACGAUAACAUAAAAAAUAACAUCGUUUUACAUAUAAAUAAUUGUGAUAUUAUAUGCCCAAAUUAUAAUUCAAUUAAAUUUUUUUUUAAAUAUAUUAAUUAUAAAAAUAUUGAGAUAAAACAAUAUUAUUAUAUUAACAUGACAGAUUAUAAAAAUAUAAAAAAUGAGACCAAAAUAAAUUUCUUAAGUUAUUUCAAUUAUGAAUGCUUAGAAGAACAAAGGAAUAAAAACACAGAUAAAGACAAUUUUUGUGACCUCGAUUUUUAUGAUAAUAAAGCGAACAAUUUUUAUGAUGAUCAAGCGAACAAUUUUUAUGAUAGUAAAGCGAACAAUUUUUAUGUUUCUAGCUCGAAAACUGGUGGGCACACUGGAUUUACCGAUUAUAUAUCACACACUAAAAAAUUAAUGGAAAAAAUUUAUUUUAUUCUUUUUUCAAAUUGGAAAUAA